AUGGGAAAUCAUCAUCCACGUCCAAUGGACGAAGAUUUGUCGUUAAAUGAUUAUCGAUAUCUGAUGAAACAAACGCAUUUAACACCGCACGUUAUUCAAGGUUGGUACCGAGAAUUUGUCAGCCUGUGUCCGAAUGGUCAAUUGAACAAAAGUCAAUUUAUCAAGUUUUAUAAAGAAUUGGAGAAUUCUUCGACAAAAAAUGUCGAAGGCAUUGCUGAGAAUGUUUUUCAAGCAUUUGACCACAAUGGAAACCAACGAAUUGAUUUCAAAGAAUUUCUUAUUGCUUAUGCUCUAACAUCUACUGGUGAACCAGCGGAAAAACUGCAUUACACAUUCUCUUUAUUUGAUACCGAUCAAUCUCAAACGAUUGAAUUAAACGAAAUGAUCGAAAUUCUGAAGAAAGUUCUCACAAUAACACAUAAAGUCAGCCAAAUGUCCCCUCAAUCGGUUGCCUACGACAUUUUUCGUACGUUAGACAUUGAUCACAAUCAAUCUCUAUCCAAAGACGAGUUUAUCAACGGUUGCUUACAAAACAAUGCUAUCCGACAUAUUUUGUCUCCAUUCGAAUGUGAUUAUCCAUUGAAAAACUAA